AUGGCAACACACGCCGAACUGAUGAACGAGUUACCGCUACUGGAACGCAUGUCGACAGCCGAGCGGAUGAGGCUGGCGAAGAAGAGGCGGGCACAGCAGCUGCGAAAGUAUCAACAACUUGACGCCAAGAGGGAAAAAGAGCAGCAACUUCUACAGCAACAAAACAACCCGACUGCAACAACGACAACAACGACAACCGGAAAUAUUGAUAAGAAUGUUUCAUUCGUUCCCAGUGUUGUCCUGCUCGAAGCGGGAAGUCGGAAUGAUGUUGAGGAAGUGGAGCAGCUAUUGAAAUCCGGUGUCAACCCAGACUUGAGGAACGAUGACGGCUUGUCUGUCUUACACCAAUGUUGCAUUGAGAACUGGAAAGACCUACUGAGCCUAUUAUUGGAUGGUGGGGCAGACCCUGACGUAAUGGACAACGAAGGCUGGACCCCCCUACACACGGCUGCCACCUGUGGGAGAGUGCAGAUCUGUAAAAUCUUGAUCGACAGGGGUGCAGACUUGCUUGCAGUGAACGCCGAUGGGAACAUGGCUUACGACAUCUGCCAGGACCAAGCAACAUUAGACUUCAUCGAACAACAAAUGGCUGAAAAAGGAAUCACACAGACGACGAUAAAUGAGAGACGAACUUUGAAGGAGAAGACAUUCUUGAAGGACCUCGAGGAAAUCUUCAAUUCUGGCGGAGACCUGCAUUACAAAGGGCAGAAAGGAGAAACUCCACUUCACAUAGCAGCUUCCAACGGCUACUUAUCUGUGGCCAAGUUUCUAUUGGAGGGUGGAGCUGACGUGAUGGCCACUGACGACGACUUAUGGCAGCCCAUACACUGCGCUACUUGCUGGGACCAGCCUCAAAUGCUGGAGUUGUUGGUGGAACAUGGCGCGAGUUUGGAUGUGAAGACGAAAAAUGGAGAAACGCCAUUGGACAUCUGCGAAGAUUUGGAAAUGCGCCAAAGAAUCCUGCAACUUCAAAAAGACAAAAAGUUGAAAUCUUCAACGGGCAAGGGUGCACAGACGACCAACUUCUGCAAGACUGUGGCCAACCAGGGCAGGCGGGGAAGCAUAACAAAUACCAGGAGGUUCUUCUUCUUCUUCUUCUUCUUCAAUGCAAACACGCACACUAACAGAUACAACAACACACACACACCAACACACACACACACAACAGCACACACACCAACAACUCACACACAAAGCACACACACAACAGCACACACACCAACACAUGCACGAAGUAACACAACUCUACAAACGCGUAACAGCGCAUCUGUACGUCGGUCGAGUACCUCACAGAAGAAAUCUCUGGCCUUGAAAGAGGCAAAGGAGGAGGCCAUGAGGCUGAAGAUGGAGGGCAAGAAUAUCGACGGACCAAUCAAAGAUGAGGUGGUUAGGGCGAUGGUGGUGGUGGUGGUGGUUGUGACGGUGUUUUUGAUUGCGUUGUUGCUAAAGAUGAUAUGGUGA